AUGACAUCGCAUGGAUCCAGAGAAUCUGGUUCCAAUAAUGUUCCGCCGAGGAGAAAGUUGACUCUCAACACCAUGAACGACAUGGAGCUGUUCUACUUCCGCGAGUUGUAUUUGAGUGAGUUGCAGCGUAAAAUUACGUUAUUUAUGACCUUAUUUUAGGUAAAAUGUUACUUUUUUGAAGAAUUUUUGGAGUUUGGAUAAUAUUGAACUUUCAGUUGAUCCGAAUCGAUUUCGUCAUCCCUCGAAUGCUCCAGCUCUUGUGUUUGAUGAUUUUAAACCAUUAAACAUCACUCCAGUCUCUUCGGAUGGAGCUUUGGACGAUACAUUGGACAGUCUAGAGUAUGAAAUGAGCAUGGCCAACCUGGAGGUUGAGAAGUCUCGAGCCACUUUUCAAUUUGACACUGAUUACGACCUUCCUAUUCAUGGUAAGAAUUUCUUAUUUUGUCUUGCGUUUAGGACACAUUUCGUCCUCCGGGAAAUUAGACUUGGUCUAAAAUUAAUAUCUGACUAUUUCAUGGACUGGACCUGCUCAUAGGCAACUUUAGGAUUUGUACAAGCUGUUACAGGUCGUAAACUAAUCUUGGCGCGUUAAUGGGGCUCUUUACGGUCCCUAGCUUGGCCUAUAUCAGCCAUUCUGCGGGACCUGGUAUGCCUAAAGUAAAAUAUUGUCAAAAAUUCGUAAGAAUGGAGCUGGAACUGCGUGAGUGUCUAAACUAACGCUAAUAUAGGUAACGUAGACUCUUUUUUAUAACAGUGCCGUCAUUUCGAAGCCAAAUAUCAGGCGAAUUAACCUUGUUUUAGGUAAUUUCUCCAUUGUGAUUGGCGAUGAUUGGCCGGAAGGUGUUGAUGCCCAAAACAACCGAGUGUUUGGCUUCCGAACUCCUGGUGAAGCCUUGGAGAAGUUGAAAAACGUCGAGACAUUCAGCCGAUGCAGUAUUUUCCUUCAACGAGCGCUCUACGACAAGAGAAGAACUCCGCACGAUCACUACUUCGAGUAUGUGGAGGGCGAACAAGAACGUGACUCCGAGUUCUAUCGAAAAGAAAGAAGGAAUCUCGAGGCACUCAUCGAUAUGCUGAGGAUUGCCAGUGCCCACGGGGUCAUUGUCAUUAUUCAGGUAAUAUUUUGGAUAUUUUUUGUUUUGAAAAUUUAGGUUUUACCAAAAUUUUCGGGAUUUUCAGUUUCCAUUGGAGCUGGACGAUCGCCGACAGCCUUUCAGCCUCUAUAACAUUCGAUUGAUGUGCGCGUACUACCGACACAGCGCUCAUUUGUUCGAAUAUGUCUACGGAGCAAAGGGAGAAAUCACAGAGCAAGACGAAAUCGAUGAGAAUAUGAGAAAAGCGAUCAAGAAAGUCCUCUCAAUACCAAUAAAGACUCUUAAGGUACGAACUUUUCUUUUUUUGGAUCUUUCCCUCUUUAGGUUAUGGCCACAGCUCUAGCUGCUGUUAUAUGCGAAUACGGCACACAAGAGCAGUUUGCCCGACGUCUGAGGCAUCACAAUCUGACCAAAAAGGAACUUCUAACACAAAAAGUUUUAUCAGUAAAGCCACCAGGAGGGGCUGAUGCGGAUGUAAACUUUUAUGAAUCAAAACCGACUAAAACACCAAGUGAUCACGGUUGCAGACAGUCUAUACCAGCCCCUACCACUUCGCCACCACAUGGCCGAACACGUUCACCAGCUCCUCGGUAAGGCGACAUUUUGUACGAAAAAAAUUUUUAGAUGUUUUAUUCGUAUAAGAUGUCACCGUUAUAGAAAGUAAUGGAUAAUUUGCAGGUGUAAUGAGACGACCGCCUUCAUAAGUCCAAGCAGCUCAGACCACAGCAAUUCGUCGAGAAAACGGUAGCUCUUUUUUCCUUUUGCGUUUUGAACUUUUAGACAACACUCUGGCCAAGAAAACGGACCUCCCAGAAUCAUGACGUUUGGGAGCCAGAAUUGGGACAAACCCCAAGAAAGAGAAGUAAAGCCGGAUUACGACAUUCGUUAUGAUGAAGAACAAGUUGUGAAGAUUGAGAAUCCGGAACUACCGUAUCAGCCGUAUCCACUCCCCAGAGUUCCAUAUCAGCCUCCAAUUCAACCGAACCCGAACCCCUAUGUGUAUAGCCGUCCUCACGUUUCCUCUAAUGACUUGUAUCACCAAUCACACACUCGAACCUACACGGAAAUGCCCCACUCCGAAGCAGUUCCAUCUUUGUAUCCACCAAACCAGGAGUAUGGUCAGAGAACCCUGCCGAAUUAUUCGCAUUCUAAUGCUGGAGACCCAUAUCAGCGACACGCUCCUCAGAAGCAGACCAGCCAAUCUUAUUUACCGCAGCGAAGAGCCAGCCAACCGUAUCUACCUCAACAACAGAGCAGCCAGGCCUAUCAGAACUCAGAUUAUUUGAUCCCACUAAUCCCCCCACCGCCUCCACCCACACCCCCGCACGAAAAUAAGUUCCCGCCAUUGAUGGACACGAAACUGCGGCCCAUGAACAACAAUACUGGACGUGGGAUAUUUCAUCGGUGAGGAUUUUUGGGGAAUUCGGAGAAAUGUUGGGGUUGGCAGACUGCAUUUGAUUGAGGAUAGGGGGAUUUUUGGAGCGGAAAAGAAAUCAGGGCGAUGGGACAAACAUAAAAUUUGCAAUAAGUUGAUUUUACAGAAAUUUGAAGCGUAUUUUGAGAGAUUUUUGGGAAUGGCAGGCUGCGCCCGCGAUUUAUGCAAUAACUCGCUCUCUUGUUCCGAAAAGAUAUUGUACAGUGACGGACCUGAUCCAGUGGCAAAGAACCUACCAUUUUGCAUCCGGGAAGUAUCAAAAAAUGUAGCAAAAUGCCUCCCUCUCCAAGUGAAAAGAACUCGGGUUUGAAUGCCCUUUCCUUCGCAAAAAGGCGCUUUUGAAAUUGGAGUUUUUUUCACUUGGAGAGGGAGGUAUUUUGCCACAUUUUUUGAUACUUCCGGGAUGCAAAAUAGUAAGUUUUUGCCACUGGAUCAGGUCCGCCACUGUACAAUAUUUUUUGAACAAAAGACCGAGUUAUUGUAUAAAUCUCGGGCGCAGCCUGCCAUUCCCAAAAAUCUCUCAAAUCCGCUUCAAAUUUCUGUAAAAUCAUUUUGGUACUUUUUUUAUCACUGGAUCACCACUAUAAGAAUAGUAGUAGACUAGAAUUAUUCUAGAUCAACCGAAUAAUGUUGAUGACCAAUUUUCCAAUUAUAGUAGUAGCUCAGCGCCAAAACGAAUUUUCGUUUUUGUCUCAAACCUCUAAAAAAGUUAUUAGUGUUGCCUUAGGCUUUUAGAAUGGACGUAGGACACUAUUUGUAACAUUUAUGCGGUUUGGUUUUUUUCAGACCGAAAUACGAACCUUCAUCUACUUAUCAACCCCAGUACUUUCGCCAUUCCGCUUUCCAAUACCGGUAA